AUGAUCUCACUAACUCUCAUUUUCAUCUUCGCCGUUUGUUUCACCAUAACCACCGUCAACACCCUCGGUACCGCCUCCACAACCGCCAUCACCUCCAACACCUCCACCAUCUGCGGCAUAGUCGCCGGGAAGCCUCACCAAUACAUCCAAUGCUACCAAAACGGGAAACUCAUUCCAAUAUUCCUCCCCAACGUUUCGUUCAAGUCUAUCUCCGGUGGACGGAGCCUCCUCUGCGGCCUCCGUUCAAAUGGCCUCAGCCUCCAUUGUUGGGACACAACGACACCAACGUCUUUUCUCAGACCCAAAAGAUUGUAUCACAGUGAAAAGGUUCAGUUGAGUGAUGUAGCUGUUGGUGUUGAUCAUGUUUGUGCUAGAGAGUUGCACUCUGGUGUGGUGAAGUGUUGGAGAGGCUAUGGUGGAGUUGAGUUUCCUUCUCCGGAUGAAAGUUUUCGGUUUCGAAGCGUUACUUGUGGUUAUGGUUUUUGUUGUGGAAUAUUGAAGAUGAGUAAUAGAGUUUUUUGUUGGGGUGUAAAUGGAAAAAACGGUGUUGAGAAUUUCAUUCAGAAACAGUUUGAGAAUCUAACAAUGUCAACAUUGGUUUCUGGUGUUUCUCAUGUCUGUGGUUUAACAACUCUUGACGGAGUUUUGGUUUGUAAAGGGAAGAAGAAGAAAAACAAGAACAAUGAUUCUGGUAAGCUAAAUGUUCCUUUGAAUUCUGGUUAUGUUUUUUCAGGUCUUGCUUUAGGUGAAAACUUCACUUGUGCUAUUAGAAUCAAAAAUGGGUUUGUUCAAUGUUGGGGCGAAGAUUUCGAUAGCGAUAAUGAUGUGAUGAAAGGUGUUUCUUUUGAAACAAUUGUUGCUGGUUUGGAUUAUGUUUGUGGUUUAACAACUAGGAAUUUGUCUCUAAUUUGUUGGGGUAACCCUAAUUGGUAUUCUAAGCCUCAUUUGAUUAGUGAUGUUUAUGUUCCAUUGGGAAUGAUUCUUCCUAGUCCAUGUGUUGUAAGUGAUUCUUGUAACUCUUGUGGUGUGUAUCCAAAUUCUGAUUUUUUAUGUCAUGGAUUCGGAACUAUUUGUUAUCAAUGUCAAACCGAGUUUCCGUUCGCCGUGCAACUGCCACCACCGAUGAUAUUGCCUAAGAAUCAAACUUCUGUUGAUGAUGAAGAAAAAGGCUUAAAGGGUUGGAAAUUGAUGACAUUUCUGAUUAUUGGAUCAGUUGGUGCUUUUGCAGGAUUAUGUACUAUUCUUUAUUUUCUUAUGAUUGGUGCAAGAAAAUUGGUGAAGGUGAAAAUCGAUAAUUCGGUUCAACCUACAAGUAGUGAAUCUGAUGAUGCUUAUGUUGAUAUAGCUCCAAGCCAUAACAAUGGAACAACAACAACAACAGCAUUAAGAUCUUUUUCGAGCAAACAACAUAGCUCGAGUAGGUUAAGAAGUGGUUCAUCUUCGAAGCAACUAGACAGAACCGAGAGUUUUGCGUUUUGGGAAUUAGUUUCAGCUAGUGACAAUUUCUCAGUUGAAAACAAAAUUGGUGCUGGUAGUUUUGGAUGUGUUUACAAAGGAAGGUUACUAGACGGCCGCGAAGUCGCCAUUAAACGAGGCGAUACAGCAUCCGCCAAGAAGAAGAAAUUCCAAGAGAAAGAAACAUCUUUUGAUUCUGAGAUAACAUUGUUAUCUAGGCUUCACCACAAGCAUUUGGUGAGACUAAUUGGUUUCUGCGAAGAGAAUGACGAAAGGCUUUUGGUUUACGAGUACAUGAGCAACGGAUCACUUCAUGAUCACUUGCAUGAUAAGAACAAUGUCGAGAAAAACAGCAGCAUUAUGAAUUCAUGGAAAAUGAGAAUCAAAGUCGCAUUAGACGCUGCAAGAGGGAUCGAGUACAUUCAUAACUACGCGGUUCCGCCGAUUAUUCAUAGAGACAUUAAAUCCUCAAACAUACUUCUCGAUUCAAAAUGGAACGCUAGAGUUUCCGAUUUUGGAUUAUCGUUAAUCUUGCAAGAAACUGAACUAGAACUGAUGUCGAAUACGAAAGCGGUUGGAACCGUUGGUUACAUAGAUCCUGAGUACUAUGUAUCGAAUGUUUUAACAACAAAAAGUGAUGUUUAUGGUUUAGGUGUUGUGAUGUUGGAGCUUUUGACAGGUAAAAGAGCUGUGUUUAAAACCGAUGACGGUUCGAGUCCUAUCGGCGUGGUGGAGUAUGCAGUAGCAAAGAUAGGUUCAGGAGAGGUGUGGAAUUUGUUGGAUGAUAGAGUUGGAAUACCUGAAGUGAAUGAAGUUGAAUCUGUUGAGAUUAUGGCUUAUACUGCUAUGCAUUGUGUGAAUCUGGUGGGUAAAGAAAGGCCUAAUAUGGUUGAUAUUGUUGCUAAUUUGGAAAGAGCUUUAUCUUUUCUUGAGGGUAGUCCUGGUAGUUUUUCUAUGUCUUCAUUUUCUGCUACUCUUACAUGA